AUGCUGUGUUGCUGUUGUGCUUCAAAAAAUGAUGAUACCAAAGUACCCAUCCUGCAUUCGGAUGCGGAGAUUUUAGAGCCCGACCCAGGAAAGAAGCGAGACAGCAUUAACGGUCAUACUAUAGUUCAGAAUGGUCCAGAUAGUACUGAAAUGGGUGAUAAAGUAAGCAAGAAUUCUACAGAAACUGAAGGAAUGGCAGAAAUCAAGUCUAAGCCGAGUGAUGGAGGGAUUGAGGACAUAUCAAACGUCCAGCCGGUCAUCCCUCUUACUAUUGUCGAUGACGAAACAUUAGAAGAUCACGAAGAAGAUAUGUCUGAGCUACAUAGAAAGGAAUCUAUCUCGCUAUCUAAAGAUGAAAUAGAAUCACUGUAUUUUAAAGCAGAGUUUGCCUGCAUGGAUCUGGGUAAAGAUGGGAAAUUAUGUUACUCUGAGUUUGUACGUUUGUUAGCUGGUCUAGGUUACCAUUUAGGAGUUCCUGGAGCCAAGAAAGUUUGGAAAGAUUGCGGGAAAUAUGAAUCGUCGUACAUGACAUUACGGGAAUAUGUAGAUUUGAUGAAAAACGACGACGAGUUGGAAAAGGCCACCAGUAGCUGUAGGAGUGUUUUUGCAGCCUUCGAUUGGGAUAGCAGUGGAUGGGCGUCCAAAUCGGAUAUCAUAAAAGGCUUGGAGACAGUCCUAGGAAUUACUGUGACGCCGCAACUCGAACAGAAAAUACAGGCCAUGGAUUCAAAUAAAGAUGGCUGCGUUUAUUAUGGAGAUUAUUUAAAGAUGCAACUGAAGGGAUUUAAAUGAGGGAAUAUUUAAUUCCUAAUUUUUUUAUCAAUUUUAAAGAUCGACAUUUUAUUUUUAAAACAUUUACGUCUGAAUUAUCUGAAAGCUUAAGACAAGAUACCUGUAUAUUUUCUUUGGGGUCUAAAAGCUUAAAAUAUUCCCUAUAAGCUUUCAUUGAAACGCCCAAAAGCUUAGCGACAUACCUUCUUUUAAAUACCUCAAACAAAAGACAAUUACGUUAUAUGCCUACUUUCUUUUGAUUUGUAAUAUAAAAUAUUCAAAAUUUCAAAAUUCAUGGUGGUUCUGGGUUAUUUCACAUAGAUAUUUUGGCUUAGACGUGUUAUCAUCUAUUGGAUAUUUCUUAAUUCACCCUAUACCUAAAUACCAAAAAAUCAUUAUUAUAUCAGCUACAAACAGAUUCCGAAUUGACAAACCAAAUUGCAGAGUGACAUCUGGGGUUAUUUAUUAGGCUUACAAUCUGAUCUGGUCUCCUCUAGCUUUCAGAACGUAUUAAAAGAGUGUUAAAAUAUUAUAUAGCAUUAAUUAAAUGGAUUGGGGGACACUUACAGCUCCAUUUUGGAUCUUUUUAAAUUUCUAUAGCAUGUUUGUGAGAUUCGGGACCCUAACACACCAUUCUCAUACUUCCAGUGUAAAUGCAGGUGCUGCACACAUGCUUUAAGGAUUUGUAUUGGUGUAUUAUGAAGCAGCUGUUAACGCCCUGUUUAAUCACGUGGCCACUAUAAAACUGUAUAAAAAAAUAUAUUAUUUUAUUCUACUAUAAUUUUUCACAAUGGCGACGGUUUUUAAAUUGUUAUUUUUUAUAUUUUUGCUAAAAGGUGGUGGUAAUCAACAUUCACCAAGUCUUCCAAUUUUAAGAUUUAGUUCGAGAUCUAACCGGACGCUGGAAUUUUAAAUUAUUUAUACGUUAUGCAUUAAACUUACAUAAAAGAGUACACAAUAGAUUAUCUGAGUAUUUACUCUGUGUAUCUCCGAUGGUUAAAGCCAAGACAGGGCGUAAAACUGGGUCUCUAUCAUUUCCAGUGUUCAGGGAGAAAUCGACUUCAAUUUGUUAUAUUUUAAUAGAAAUAUUUAUGGUUAGUUUGCAUAUAUCCAGGGUUUUAUUUCAACGCCUUCCAUGGUACAAGCUGGUGCUUGAUCGUAGUUUGGAUCUACCAAUUCCUCAGAUGUGAUGUACAGAUGUGAUUUCAAAUCACAUAAUAUUACGUCUAAAUAACUGGUAGAGCCAGCUUGUCGAGCUAACUUGAUCCAUCAAGGCCGUACAAAUAGCUAGUUUUGCCCAUAAGACACAAGACUAGGUCUUAAAGGUUUCGGAUAUAAUGCCAUUCAUCGGGCGUCUGGAAAUGAAGCUCCGAUAUUUGAUUUAUUUUUGUAUAUAUUUGCACAUUUUGUUGUUAUCGAUAUAUAAAUAAAUUUCAACAAUUAU